UUUAUGCACGGGUAUUCCAUGAUGAAGUAAUUCGGGAUAUUCACUAACAAUCUGUGGGGAUUCCGUCACUCGCUCAGACAUAACGUUAUUGGCUUAAGCAAGCAGUGUCUUUGUUUGGAAGGAUAGAGAGGUGAAGUAGGGCUUAUGCGCACUUAUUUAGUACUUUUAAUUCUGCGUUGUGACUUCUUUCAUGUGAUACGCUAUUUCGUGGUAUCACAUUCUUGCUCGGUCGUGGGAAGUGAACAGUCAUAGGUAUUGUAUGACGAGAACACACUGCCAAAUGAUGUUAAUUAACGGACGGAAUGUUAUGUGCACGGAUUUAUUCGAAACGUUAUUUCAAGGACUGCGAGAAACGGACAUCAAAAUUGAGUCGAACGUGGACGGCUUGUUUGACAUGUGCAAGGAAACGCAGGCGGGCGUUGGAAUUCGUGAACCGGUCGCGCGAGGGUGGAAACGAAAACUUGACGCAGACAGCAUUCUAGACGACGUAUACGUGCCGCCAAAACGGAUAUCACCGUUUCUGAACACACCCAAAGAGAAAAAAGACGAACGUAAGAAAAUCUUGAAGUUAUCGAUUAAAAAGCUCAAGCAGCUGGAGGACCCAGAAUCUUUUCUACGAAGGACCGUUCUGGUGAACAAUACGAGAAAGAGGAUUCAAAACGAACUCAAAAACGAGAAGGUGUCCGGACGGAAGUGCGAAUUCGGAUACCGGAAGUCAUACAUGGCCUCUUACGAUGUUCUCAGUAACAGCUGCCUUGCCAACUCAUAUUUGUUCGAUGAUCCGUUUUUAAGCGGAGUGCACGAGAAAAUUACUGACGAUAUGACGGAUACGCUGAUCAACAAUCUCAAAGACAAGUUAUGUGAUACGAUCGAGGAGGCCAUGGAUACAUCUAGUCCAAGUUUUUGUGCGCAAAGUGGACCAAGUGCGCAUGUUUUUAAUAUUGAUUCCUUAUACAAUAGUAACGCAUUCAGCUGUGAGAGAAAAUCAAAGCCAUGUAGCGCAGACAAUGCGCACGAGCACAAAAUCGAAAUCAAAGUCUGCGAAUUUCAGGCGUUAAAUAAAGUAUAUGACACCAGCGACUUGUCAAAACCAGCACACCAUGUAUCAAGUAAAGUGUGUGAACAAUCUUCCUGUCUAGAUUGGAAUGUGAUUCCAAGGCGGUGUUUUGCAACGACGCAAUCAGUCGUUAGCUUAGGUGAAUCAACGGAUAUUGACACGCGCUGCGUUGCCGAAAUGCCUAAACUCACUAACGAUAAUGAACCUGGCGUGUCUUUAGCCGCGGAAAGUGCAAAUGCAUGCCAACAAGUGCCAGCAGAGUUUAAUCAGUGGAAAAGCAAACAUUUUAAUGACGUUCAUGUAUACAGUCAUAGGGUACACCAUAAUAGAGACAUAGGCGUUAGCAGUGCUUACACUGAAUCACUCCCAGUGAACCAUUUGUCUGGGAAAGUCACAUCUGCCAAUUCAUCAAACCGCUACAACAACACAAACCACCUAACAAAUUCCGAUCGCACGCAAGGAAAAUGUUGUCUAGUGCCUUUGGAUCUGAACUCAAACUUUCCGUGCUCAAACUCGCUGCUAUCGGAAAACCUUGUGGUCACGUCAGUAAUUGGGUCAACUUUGGGGUCGGCGUCCAUGUUCGAUCCAAACAACAUUACCUUGUGCAAGCCAUCUUCCCAGCAUUCCUGCUCGCCGGUUAGCUCGGACUCCAAUAAAUUUUCCAUGCAUACUUGUCAGUGCUAAUAAGCGUCAUGAAAGUAAUCUUUUUUGCGAUUUGCACGAGUCAACGAUUUCGUGCUUCUUCGGUUUCUGAUGUCCUUUGGAGUUGGAUUAAUUAAUGAUUAGCGAAAAUAAGUGCGUCUGGAGUAAAUUCCUGAAUCAGGAAUAUUGGAUACGUGCACUAAUCAGUGCAAUAUCUUACGCCAAAAAUUCAAAACUGCAUAGUGGAACGGUACAUUUAUUUUUGCUUGAUUACGCGUUUUGUCAUGAUAUGCACAGCAUCCAUUUCUGAUGAAUGUUUAAAACCGACAUUUUGCUAUUUAUUUGCACAAUGUAUUGCUUAUCAUACACAAAAUAUGAAUUUAUAACUGAAAUUCUAUAAAGGCGAUCCCGUAAAAAUGCAUUUCUAUGUUUUGUUAUGCACAAUGUAUGUAACAGAGAUAUUGUUAUGCUGGGCCUUAAGUACGAUAAUUGUGGUUAAAAGAUAUGAACUUUACAUAGACCAUCUGCAAACUAGGUGAGGGGAGGUAAUCUGUGACUACAGAGUCUACGCAUUCCAGAAGUGUUCUAUGUUCUCUGUGCCAUGCUUUACGCUGUCGUGGACACACCCCUUUUUAGCUCACCUGAGCACAACGUGCUCAUGGUGAGCGUUUGUGAUCGCUUUUUGUACGUCGUCCGUUGUCCGUUGUGCGGCGUCAACAUUUCCCAUGUUAACUCUCUAGAGUCCACACUUAUUGUCCAAUCUUCAUGAAAUUUGGUCAGAAGAUUGGUUUCAAUGAUAUCUUGGAUGAGUUCGAAAAUGGCUACGUUUGCUUGAAAAAACAUGGCUGCCAAGGGGCGAGGCAUUUUUCCUUAUAUGGCUAUAUAUGGCUAUAGUAAAACCUUGUUAACACUCUAGAGGCCACAUUUAUUGUCCAAUCUUCAUGACAUUUGGUCAGAAGAUUGGUCUCAAUGAUAUCUUGGAUGAGUUCGAAAAUAGUUAUUUUUGCUUGAAAAAAAGGCUUCCAAGGGGCGGGGCAUUUUUCCCUAUAUGUCUAUAGUAAAAUCUUGUGAACACUCUAGUUGCACUAAGCAGUUGCUUGGCAGGUUUUUAUAUUAUAAUAGCUUGAUGUGUUCUUUUUUGUUCUCUAUAAACAUAAGUGUCAUAAUGCUCUAUGAACAUAAGUGUCAUAAUGCUUUAUGAACAUAAGUGUCAUAAUGCUCUAUGAACAUAAGUGUCAUAAUGCUCUAAAUUGAUGUAGUUAUAAAAAAUAUAAAUGCAGUCCUACGUAAACAUCUACUGUGGAUAUGUUCUGUUAAUAUUUAGAUAUAAUACUAAAUGUUUAGCAAAAAUAGCUACGAUAUAAUACUAAAUGUUUAGCAAAAAUAGCUACGCAAUGCAUUAUUUGGAUUACAUAACCAAUGAUGUAAACCGUUGAAAUAACAGACCGCACUGUUGAAAACUCCUAAUAUGUAUUAACGAUAUAACGUCUCGCUGAAGGUCUUAUUUUGCCUAUACUUGGGUUUCAAAUUCUCUUAAUUUGCCAAAUUAACUUGGCUGAUAAUCUGUACCUAAAAACCUGAACAUUUUGGCAUCUAGCCUACGUAUAACGUGUUGUAUUUCUUUUAUCUUGAAGUGAAAAAUAAGCUGAUCACUGGAAAACGAGCGGUCGAAACUAACAUGUUUUUAAGUGAUCAAGUUUCGUUUCGUACAUUAUGUAAUACUAGUGUACUUUACACAAUAGAUCAUUUGAUUAGUAGGCGUAAACAAUUAUAAAAUAUCAGCUUACUUCCCAAUGAUUUUGUAAAUUCUUAUCUGUGUUAUAAAAAAUAGACCAGUAUUUCUGGGUAUACAAAAUAUAUUAUGCACCUUUGCAUCAGCCCAAUAUCAGGAACAACGUAUGCUAUAUAGUAGAAACACGUAAAAGUGAAAUCGAAUCGAUUGCAUAAUGCAUGUUCUACACAGUUAAAUAUUUGUAAUUUGAAUAAACUGAACAAUAAUAAUUUAGGCAAGAGCGACACUUCAAUUUUCACGUGCAGGCAACAUUUAUAAACAUGUGUGUUUAGUCAAUUACUCACUAAAAAUAAGUAUAUGAUUGCCUGUAACUGACAACGUGAGUUAUGUAUUUGAAGGCUCUAUACUACUAUAUGACCUACCAAUAGCUAAUGGUGUAUUAUAGUAUAUGACCUACAUACAGCUAAUGAGAAUUACUACUGGUUGACCUAAUUGCAGUUAACUUAAUGAUGUAUACUUUUAUUUGACCUAUAUGCAGCUUUUUAUGUAUACCACAGCCUGACCUACUUAAAGCUAAUGAUGUAUACUACUAUCUGACCUCCAUACAGCUUAUCAUGUAUACGACCAAAGCCUAUCCGCUGCUAAUUAUGUAUACUGCUAUAUGACCUUCCAAAUCUAGUGAUAUAUACUACUCUUUGACAUAGCUGCAGCUAAUAAUGUAAACUUCUAUUAUGAUCUACCUAUAGCUAAUGCUGUACACACGUAAUAUUUGACCUAGAUGCAGCUUAUGAUGUAUACUUCUAUUUGACCUAAUUGCAGCUAAUGAUGUCUACUUCUAUUUGACCUAAUUACAGCCAAUGAUGUAUACUUCUAUUUGAUCUAGAUGUAGCUUAUGAUGUAUACUUCUAUUUGACAUAGAUGCAGCUUAUGAUGUAUACUUCUAUUUGACCUAGAUGCAGCUUAUGAUGUAUACUUCUAUUUGACCUAAUUGCAGCUAAUGAUGUAUACUUCUACUUGAUCUAAUUGCAGCUAAUGCUGUAUACUACAUUCUGACUAGUUAAUAAUAUAACCUACUACAUGACCUACUGUAUAUACAGCAAAUGAUAUGCUAACGAUAGAUAUACUAAGUUUUCUUAGAUGAGAUAUAGUCUGUAGCCCUUUCUUGUAUUAAUAAAUACAUUUGGGAACAUAUUUGUGUGAACAGAACAAUAUUGCUAAGACAGUUUUUUUAUUGUGGACAAUUUUUGAGUACAACUACAUACAACAGCGGUUGAAAAUAUAAAUACAUAUAUAUCAAUAAAGUUCGUCCAUUAUUAUAUUUAUAAUAUUUAUGCAAUAACCACCUAUUAAAAUAUUCAAGUAUUUUGUAUAACACUAGAAAUGGUAAGGUUUGUGUUCGGUUCUGUGUGGCCACAUCAAGGAUUGAAACAACUUGUACUUUGAAUCUGUCAUUGUUUUGCCGCUACUUCGUGAUAUGUAUUGUAGCCACUAUAUUUUGCAUCAAAUCACUCAUACUUCAAAUAUUGCGCGUCUAUUAUUUUCCAAUUGUUCAAUUAUUGUAUUCUUUUGUAAUUUGUACAUCAGAAAUGUUUUGCAUAAUGAGGGCGCAAAUGCCUGUAUACACCUAAUCUUUAUUGGAAAUAUUCGUGUUUAUAUGAAUAUUGCUUGUCAUUGUUUAAUUGUUAAUAUCAUCUUUUCGCAACUCAGUAUUUUAUUAUUUUAAAGUCAAAUGAUUUUUUUAUUUCAGAGACUUAUUUAAUAUUUAUUGAUAAUUUAUAGAUAAUUUAUGCAUUUUCUUCAAUUUUGAAGUGAGUAUUUAUUUCUAUUUUAUUUAUUUCGAAAGUGUUUGUUUCAUAGAUGUAUAUUUUGUGUUUGAUAUAAUGUUCCAAAUGCACUGUCUUGAUAAAUAAAUUGCAUAUCCUGAUAAAUA